ACUAAGCUCCACUCCCGAAAGGCGGCUUGAUGGAUGAGGAGAAGAGCCAUCGAGGGGCUUGGGAAGGAGAAGCCGGGCUCCACCGAAAGGAGUGAGUGACUGAGAGGCAAGCCGGGGCUUUUCCUUCUGCUGCUGCUGCCGCCGAGGGAUCUGGUUUCGGUGUGGAGUCGGAGGCUUGCGUGGGGUUUCUUCCGGACCAUUUGUGUCCCUGUUCUAGAAGAGUUUAUCCCUGAGGUUUCCCGGCAUCUGGGAGAUUUCUUCGUUUCUGCCCUUUCGCGGGCCUUCCGUCCUUCUCUUCUCUGGCCCACCUCCUUGGGAUUUUGGGCUCCUGGAGGAAAAGGCCCUUGCGGGGGUCUCUCAGUGUUUGGGUUUGCAAAAGUUGCAGCCUCCUCCUCCUCCUUCUCCCUUCCUCCCUUCCUCCAUCCUCCUGCUGCUGCCAUGUGCGCCCACGUCGUCUACGAGUGGCUGAAGACCCUGAAGCUGCCCCAGUACGCGGAGUCCUUCGUGGACAACGGCUACGACGACCUGGAGGUCUGCAAGCAGAUCGGGGACCCGGACCUGGACGCCAUCGGGGUCUCCUUGCCCCGGCACCGCCGCCGCCUCCACCGAGCCGUCCAGCGCCUCAAGGAGGAGGACCGGGCCAACGCCGGCCUCUACUUCACCCUGGAGCCGCCUCUGCCGCCGCCCGAGCAAUACACCAGCCGCCUGGUCCAGCACUACGAGGCCAAGGCGGGCAAGCAGCCAGGGGCAGCGGAAGACAGGGCCAGGAGGGCCGGGGAGCCGCGGGCGACUUACCCCAAACUCCGGCUCAAGAUCAUGGUCCGGGAUAAACUCCUCCGGGAUGGGAUCAACCUCAGCAAGCCCCCCUACUCCAACAAGGAUGGGUCAUUGGGCAAUAUUGAUGACUUGGCUCAGCAGUAUGCAGAUUAUUAUAAUACAUGCCUUACUGAUGUAUGUGAGCGGAUGGAAGAGCUUCGAAAGCGGAGGGUUUCCCAAGACCUUGAUGUGGAGAAACCUGAUGCCAGCUCCACGUCUCUACAGCUGCGAUCCCAGAUUGAAGAAUCCCUUGGCUUCAGCAGUGUAGUGUCAACACCAGAAACAGAAAGAAAGUUCUCCCUUCAUAAAUCAAGUUCUGAAGAAAGUGCUGUAGGUAAAGCAGAUUGGAAAAAGAAGAACAAGUAUUUCUGGCAAAAUUUUCGAAAGAAUCAGAAGGGACUAAUGAGGCAGUCUUCAAAAGGGGAGGAUGUUGGUUAUGUGGCAAGUGAAAUUACAAUGAGCGAUGAGGAGCGGAUCCAGUUAAUGAUGAUGGUCAAGGAAAAGAUGAUCACAAUUGAAGAAGCACUUGCAAGGCUUAAGGAAUAUGAAGCCCAACGUAGGCAGUCAGGUAGCACAGACUCUUCUGAAUGGCCUGAUAAUUCUUACUCAACUUUUGAUGGUUCUUCCAAUUGUAAUUCAAGAGAACAGUCAGACGAUGAAUCGGAUGAAUCGGUGAAGUUUAAGCGAUUGCACAAGUUGGUCAACUCGACUCGCAGAGUGAAAAAGAAAUUAAUUAGAGUGGAAGAAAUAAAAAAAACCAAUACUGAAGGUGCAGAAGAACAUUCCAUUGACAGCUCUCCAGUACCAGAUGACAGAUCAGCGCUUUACUCUGGCGUUCACAAGAAGCAACACUUCUUGGAUAACUCCUCUGAGAAACAGCCAGAUGAUGAUUGUGGUUCACUGACGACAUCUCCUUCAUCUAGCAGCCUAGAUAAUUGGGGUACUAACAGGAAAUUGCUCAAGACCUUCAGUAAAUCUGAUAACCGUGGCCUUAUUAAACCCCCAAAGAAACUUGGGACUUUCUUCUCCUAUCCAGAAGAGGAGAAAGCUCCCAAAGUUUGCCGUUCCUUGACUGAUGGAGAAAUGAAGAAAAACCUUGGUUCCCUGAGCCACGGGGUAAGUAAAGAAAGUGUUUGCUUUUAUGACAACAGGCGGAAGCACCAUGUCCUAGUAUCCCUGGAGGAAAUUCAGAGCAUCAGGAAGCAAAUCCGACUUAAAAAGACAGAUUCUAACUACUCAUGUUCUAGAGCCUUUCUUUGCCAGCGUCCUGCUAGGAAGGGUGUAUCCCCUUCGAUCUGUGAUCUACAGGUUCUUCGUCACAAAGCCAAGGGGGGAGGAGGAGGAGGAGGAGGAAGCUGUGGCUUUCCAAAUAGAAGGCUACGAGGGCGCAACUCGGUCAGUGAGUUCAACAUCACAUAUGUGGUGGAGAGAAGCCUGUACAGUCAUCUCAACCUGUCCCAUCUGGUGCGGCCCGUUACUGACAGAACCCUGAGCAAAGCUGAAGAGCAGGAUUUGAGGCGAUGCCUGCUGGAGGAGGAGGAGGAGGCAAAGAGAAAAUGGGCUGCCACUGUGGACCGCUGUACUAAAAGGGUUCUCUUGAGAAUCCACCAAAAGUCUAGGACCUGCAGCUUUGGAGGCUUUGACUUGACUAAUCGCUCAUUGCACACUGGAAAUAAUCUGGAUCAGAUGGGAAAGGAUGGUGACUUGAUUUACAAAGAAGUGAUCAAAUCCCCUUCCACUUCUCGCAUAUCCCUUGGUAAAAAGGUGAAAUCUGUAAAAGAGACCAUGAGGAAAAGGAUGUCUAAAAAAUACAGCAGCUCCUUGUCCGAGCAGGAAUCCAGCCUGGAUGUCAUGCAGCAAUCUCCUCAGUUACCACAGCCAGAUACCGAUUCUCUGGACAAACCCAAGUUAAAGGCUGGUGGUUCAGUAGAGAGCUUGAGGAGCUCCCUAAGUGGCCAGAGCUCAAUGAGUGGGCAGACAGUGAGCACUACCGACUCCUCAGCCAGCAACAGAGAGAGUGUCAAGUCUGAAGAUGGAGAUGAUGAAGAACUUCCAUAUAGAGGACCUUUUUGUGGACGGGCCAGGGUUCAUACUGAUUUUACCCCCAGCCCAUAUGAUACUGAUUCCCUAAAACUCAAGAAAGGAGAUAUCAUUGAUAUAAUUAGCAAGCCACCAAUGGGUACCUGGAUGGGUCUCUUGAACAAUAAAGUGGGUACUUUCAAGUUCAUCUAUGUGACUGUGUUAAAUGAGGAGGAAGAGAAGCCAAAAAGGCCCACAAGGAGACGACGGAAAGGAAGACCACCUCAGCCCAAAUCUGUUGAAGACCUCCUUGAUCGCAUCAAUUUGAAGGAGCACAUGCCCACUUUUCUGUUCAAUGGCUAUGAAGACUUAGACACUUUCAAACUCCUAGAGGAAGAAGACUUGGAUGAGCUUAAUAUUCGUGAUCCAGAACACAGAGCAGUUCUUUUGACAGCUGUGGAACUGCUGCAAGAAUAUGACAGUAACAGUGACCAGUCCAGCUCUCAGGAGAAACUCCUUGUGGAUGGCCAGGGCCUAAGUGGAUGCUCUCCCAGGGAUUCAGGCUGCUAUGAAAGCAGUGAAAAUUUAGAAAAUGCAAAGAUCAGAAAGUCUUGUCUCCUGCCCUCAAAGCUAGCCAGCGAAUACAGCUUUAAGAAUUUCCCCAGAAAUCCACUGGUGAAUUAUCCCGCUCUAGCCUUAACAAAAUCAAUAGAUGCCCUUCAACAAGGAGAGAAGGCAUUAUUUCAUCACGCACAUCAAGUUCCAAAAAGCUGCCUCAAGCCCCCAUCAGGCAUGAGCCACAAGAAAAACCGCAGAAGUUUACCAGUUGGUAUCUGUCGGAGCUGUGAGAUUCUAGAAGACACCCCAAGUGUGCCUCUAUGGCCACGGUCUCAUUCUCUUGGAGAUCUUCAUCGAGAAUGUGGUACUAACUGUGUAAAGUCUGUGAGUGCUUUACCUCAGAGUUCACAGGAUUUAACAAAAAGUUUAGCUGGCUCUGGAAGUGCUGUGCAGAUGACAGAACUGUUGAUAGCACAGCAAGGAAAACAGGUUGUUGAUUCUCUAAAUAGAAAAGCAGAGGAAUUGCACUUAUCUGCAACCAUCCCUUCCAGUGGAUCAUUUCCUCUGUUUCCGCCUCAGAACUGUGGAGUUCGGUCAUCUUCACUUUCACGUUCUGUAACGUGGAGCCCUUUUGAAAACUGUAAAAAGAGCAGUCAUGAUCUGGGAAGGGAUGAUCAAUUUCUAGUCCCCAAGGAGGGUACAGAAGUAGGUCAGAUCGGUACAGGGGAGCCAAGAACACAGCCAAAAAGCUCUUCACAACCACCCCCAGUCCCAGCCAAAAAAAGCAGAGAACGGCUUGCUAAUGGACACUGCCAUCUCCCUUCAGCCCAUUCUUGUCCUGAUGUGCCAUCUUUGCCAGCAAAAAAGACUGUCCAGUGUGGCUCUUCUGAUUCCCAUGCCUUGACUGUGUGUAGGCCCUCUCCUGAACAAGAACCUUGUGUACAGCCUCCUUGGUUAUCUGAUCUGCCAGACACUGCUAGUGUCCAACAGCAUGUGUUAAAACUAUGUCCUUCAGUAAGAAAAACCUCCUGCAAUAGAGGACUGGAUCUGGAAAUAUUGAUAGAAAACAAGCUACACUCUGAAGAUAUUGAUCUCACAGAGGACCCCUAUUCUGAUAAGCAUGGCCGCUGUGGAAUUCCAGAACUUUUGGUGCAAAGAUACUCUGAAGACUUAGACCAGCCUAAGAAAGAUGUUGCUACAAACAUGGACCAAAUCCGGGUGAAGCAGCUGAGGAAACAGCAUCGUAUGGCUAUUCCAAGUGGAGGCCUCACUGAAAUCUGCCGAAAACCUGUGUCCCCUGGACACAUCACUUCUAUAACCGACUGGUUGGUUUCUAUUGGCCUUCCCAUGUACACCAGUUCCCUCAUGGCUGCAGGAAUCAGUGACCUCAGCAAAGUGCCUUCUUUGUCACAGACAUCACUGCGUGAGGCUGGUAUCACAGAGGAGAGGCAUGUAAGCAAGCUUUUGGCAGCAGCAAGACUUCUUAAAAACUUUGAUCCAGAGACAGUUUAAUAACAUGCUCUGAAAUGUAACAUGUGUCUGUUGGGACGGCCUGCAAUUCCCUUCUGUGUCAGUCUCUAAUUUCUCUGAGAAAUUAUUGGGGGAUCAGGCAACAUAGGUCCUUUUCUGGGCAUAAAGGAGGAUGGAAGUGGCUGUCGCAUGAGGGAAAUAGUAGUCUGGUUUUCCCUAAAAGAAAAGGCACAAGAAAUUGUUUUAUUUUCUUUCAAACUCUAAAGAUGGCUUAAGGCUCAGUGACACUGUCUGUAUGCAUUAUAAAAAAGGGAUCUCUCUAUCUACUAAAAAAAAUGGAAGCAAAAUCUAUUUAACUUAAGCUCCAGGACAUGGAAUGAAGUAGCACAUACAGCAGAGUUAGGUUUCCCCAUCCUUUAGAUCUGUCUUUGGCUAAAGUGCAACUUAUUGACUAAACCAUGGAUACGCAAGCCCUAAACAUCCACACAACAAGUGCAUCAAAUGUGAGAGAAAGUACUUUAUUAAUAAAUGUAAUGAGGGUUCAUCACUAAUGGAGACACUCUGACCAUCCUUUUCUUUCACAUUUUUUUUCUGAACUCCAUUUUCCUUUUUGUAGAUUUUUGGUGUUAUUCGUUCAGGAUGCGAAUGCCUGUGACUCUCCAGAAGCUAUUGGACUCUGAGGAACCCUAGCCAGGCUGUCUAAUGUUCAAGGAAGUUGUAGUCAAACAAUAUCUGGAGGGCCACAGGUUCCCCAACACUUGUCUAGUUAGGCCAAAGUUCAGGAUUUAGUUCAUAGCUAAUUACCCUUGCAAAUCAUAGACAGAUCCAGAAAAUUCCUUUCUUUGUAUAGAGUUAAAGCAAUUUUUAUAACUGCUUUUUAGCACUCAGCUUUUUAUUUGCCUUAAAAUGCUUUUGAGCAGUUUAUUUACCAGCACUCAUGUUUCCCAAACCUUUAAUUGUUGGUGUUCCUAUCAGGCAAUAGACACUUUUUUGUCUAAAGCAGUUUCUAUAGAUUAUCUCAUUGUAACAUCUGUUUUAUCAAGUUGCUUUUUUAAAAAAAUGAAAUCAGAGAUUUCAGUUCUCAGGCUAACAACUUGUUUAUGUCAGUUUGUGUUUGCUGGUAUAAUACUAAAAGGCUAAAAGAUAUUUUGUGUUCUGUAUGUACAUAUAUAUAUAAAUAUAUAAAUAUAUAAAAUUAUUAAAAAUGCUUUCCAUAGUAAUUGCAACUUGGUGUACUGUGUUAUACUGGCAAUAGCUUCAUUGCAGCUUUGACUUGGUAUCCUGACCAUAUCAAUGGGAAACACUGAUUUCUGAAAAAGGAAAGGCAAGAAAUACUUUACCCAGGGGAUGUAAAUGAAUUGGAUAACCAAACUCUGUCUCACAUACAAUGUCAAAACAAGAACUAUUCCAUUUUAUAGAUGGGGGAAUAGUUGUCAUUCUUGCAAAAAAAAAAAAUCAAUAUAACACCUAUGUUACUUGGUGCUGAAAUGAUUUUGUUAGAAUAAAAAUUACUUGGGCUGCUGGA